CCAACCAUUUUACUAAACUUAAUUGAUUUAGUGUCUAUGUGUAACAUGUCAUACCUCUUCCAUUUAUUAUUGUUACUAUAAAUAAUUCAUAACUCACAACACUCACAAAAUUUCUUCACCAUUCCAGCUUACCUUUUCAUAUCUCUCUCUCUCUCUCUCUCUCUCUCUCUCUCUCUCUAAAAGUGAGAAGCCAUGGGUGGUGCCGACGGCGACGAGCAGUGGGUCGAAGCCGCCAUGACGGACGACGCGAUGGUCGUGGAGCUCCUGGUGCGGCUGCACCGCGCGCUGCCGCCUCCGAAGCCGGCUGCCUUGCCGCUGGAAUGGAGCGUGCGUCAGCGGAGGUCAAAAUCUAAGACGGUCAACAACAAGCUGAGGAAACCGGCUCGCAGCCACAGAGCCAGCCCCACCACUCCGCUCUCGUGGAGCGACGCCACUUCCUUAAGCGGUGGCUCCGAAGAGUCUAGCCGGCCGGUGCCCUUAAACCCCUCCGGCUCUACGAGAUCUAAGAAUAAUGUAGAUGGUGAAAAGACCAACUCCAAGAGGUCAAGAAAGAAGAAGACUUUGGCAGAACUCAAAGACGAAGAGAGCUCACUGCUGAAGGAAAGAAGAGAGCUAAAAAGGGAAAUGACAGCCUUACGAAUGAAUUUGGAGAGACAAAGGGCUACACAUGAGAAAUUAAAAAGGAUGAAGAUUGAUCUGCAGCCGCCCUCUCCAGAAUCAACAUCAAUAGCUGAGGAAUCAGUCUCUGGUCAACUCCAAAUGGAAUCAACAGUUUGUGAUCCUACAACUACUAAUCUCACUACGCCGGUUGUCUCAGGCAACGAUGACCCUCUACAAUCGUCCGUGUCAAACAAGAAUGCAGAUGCAGCAUCUGCUUCUAGGUUCAUCCUCCCUGAUCUAAACGUUCCAUUUGAUGAGCCCAGCUGCAGUGUUACUUAUGGCAUCAGCUAGCUAGACAAUCAAGAAUGCAACGGUGCACCUGUUCUCGACUAUAAGGUAGAACAGGUACGACGAAUGACACCUAUACUUGAUAAAGACUAACCCCUAUUUUAGGACAAACUACUCUAGUCAUACGUAGAACCAGUUACCUCCUACACGGCCUAACCAACUGCCAGUGGUUGGGAUCUAUUCUUUUUGUGUAGUUAUUACCAAUGGGGACUAGAUUCGAAAUCCUAACGUGUUAGAUCAACUCAAAUUCUUUUUUUCUUAUCUUGAAGGACUUUUUUAUACGUGAAAAUGUAAACUGUACUGUGUAAGAGAUAUAUGGAAAUAUUCGUGACAGAUAGAAGAUUCCUUUAA